AUGAAGGAAAGUUUUCCUUUUCCGAGGAUAGACCACCUCGUCAAUGCCACUGCAGGGUAUGAACUACUUAUCUUCAUGGAUUCCUUCUCCGGGUACAACCAGAUGCAGAUGCACCCCGACGACAAGGAGAAGACAUCUUUCAUCAUUGAGCAUGGCGCGCAUUGCUACAAGGUAAUGCCGAUCGGCCUUAAUAAUGCAGGGGCCACUUACCAGUGCCUUGUCAACAAGAUUUUCAAGAAUCAGAUGGGGAUGAAAUUCGAAGCCUACGUAGACGACAUGGUGGUGAAGAGCAUGAAGACCGAAGCACACACCUCGGACUUGGCCGAAACGUUUGAUACUCUACGUAAAUUCUACAUGAAGCUCAAUCGCUUCAUGUUGAAGUUGGCAGACCGCUGCCUUCCCUUCUUCCGCACUAUCAAGAAGCUAAAAGAUUUCUAG